UGAGCAGUUGUUUUUUAGUCAAUUUGGAGGCAUCUCCAGAUUCCCAGUGUGAACAUAUGAAAUUAUAUGAAACGACCGACGCACUGUGACGGAUUAAAUUGUGCAUAAUAGUCGAGGAGUAAUCAUGCCUUGCAUCCUGCUUUCCCUUCUUCCUCUUCGCCAGCCACGCUGUAAGUGUGGCGCAGAGAUAGUUGAGUAAUCAUUUUCCAGCUCAAAACUAUCCAUAACAGUCGAGUCUCAGAGAGAGAGAGAGAGAGAGAGAGAGAGAGAGAGAGAGAGAGAGAGAGAGAGAUCGUAAACUGAAACCGAAGAUCGUCCCUUGAUGCGACAGCGCAAGCAAGCUGAAUUCACCGAAGCUUCGACUCCGACCAUGUCGAAGCGACCAAGACCCGACCUCCUCGAAGAAUUGUUCGAAUUACAGUCGGAGGAGUGCGGGAGCGAAGAGACUCUUCUUCCCUCGACCCGACAACGCAAGGGAGCUGAAUUCACCAACACUUCGACUCCGACCAUUUUGAAGCGACCAAGACCCGACCUCCUUGAAGAAUUGUUUGAAUUACAGUCGGAGGAGGGCGAGAGCGAAGAGACUCUUCUUCUUCCCACGACCCGACAACGCCAACGAGCUGAAUUCACUGAAGCUUCGGCUCCGACCAUGUCAAAGCGACCAAGACCUGACCUCCUUGACGAAUUGUUUGAAUUACAGUCGGAGGAGGGUGAGAGCGAACAGACUCUUCUUCUUCCCUCGACCAGACAACGCAAGCGAGCUGAAUUCUCCGAAACUUCGAUUCCGACCAUGUUGAAGCAAGCAAGACCCGACCUCCUUGAAGAAUUGUUUGAAUUACAGUCAGGGGAGGGCAAGAGCAAAGCGAAUUUUCUUCUUCCCUCUUCGGACUCACUGGAGAAGAUCAAUGUGCCGUUGGAGUCCAGCGCGAAUUCUUGGCCAUCUGCUUCAUCCACCUCUGUGAUUGGAAACAAUUAUCACAUAUUCCUGAGUUUUAGAGGCCCUGAUACUCGCAAAAGCUUCGUCGAUCACCUCUACCAUAGACUCAAAGACGUGGGCCUAGUGUUCCAUCCAAACUUUUUGUUCAGAGAUGAUGAGAACCUCCCCUUUGGCAAGGAUAUUGCUGCAAAUCUCCUCAAUGCAAUCAAGUGCUCUAAGGUUUCGAUCCCAAUCAUUUCUGAAAAUUAUGCUGCUAGCAAAUGGUGCCUCCGCGAGCUCAUUCAUAUUAUGGAGUGCAAGGAAAGUAGAGGACAAAUAGUCUUGCCUGUGCUUUACAAGGUAAAACCCCAGGAUGUGCAGCACCUAGGGGGCAGCUUUGGAGAGGCCUUUCGAAUGCAUGAGCAUCAUUUUGAUGAGGAGGUCAAGCAGCAAGGGCCGACAGCUCUAAAAAGAGCACUUGAUCUUAGAGUAUUCGAAUCAGAGAAAUUUGCUGAUGGGUGUGAAGGGGAAUUAGUAAAUAAACUCGUAGAAAUAAUAGUGCACAAACAGCAACAUGAUUUUCAACCACAUCUUCCCAUGAAUCUGGUUGGAAUUGAUAAUCGUGUGGCUGAGGUCAUGAAGUUGGUGGAUAUUGCUUGCCCAGACACUCGAAUUAUUGGGAUUUGGGGGAUGGGUGGCAUCGGUAAGACAACUCUGGCUACGAUCAUUUAUAAUAAGCUUUUUAACAAAUUUAAAUGCCACAGCUUUCUCCGGGAUAUUAGAGAAACAAUUAAAAGCAAGGGCAUGGAGUAUGUCCAAUCUCUAAUGAUAUCGGAUAUAACAAAAAAUCCUAAAAGUGGAGUGCGUGAUUCCAAGACAGGGAUUACAAUGAUCCGAUCAAGUUGUGAAAAGAAGGUACUUAUUCUUCUUGAUGAUGUAGAUCAUCGAGACCACCUUGAUAAUUUGAUUGGAGAUUGCAAUUUCAAGUCAGGAAGUAGGAUCAUUAUUACAUGUCGAGAUAAGGCCCUCUUGAAGUUUGAAUAUAAAAUGUAUGAACUCAAAGAAAUGAACCGCAAAGAAUCUUUCCUUCUAUUUAGUAGAUAUGCAUUUGAAGAGGAACAACUUCCCACAAAUCUCGCAACUCUUUCUAGUGAUAUUGUUGCCACCACAGGAGGGCUUCCCUUAGCCCUAAUGGUUAUAGGUUCACUUCUCAAUGGAGUAAAAGAUCAAAUGGUGUGGAGAGAGACGCUCGAGAAAUUGAGGAAUGCACCUGAUGAGAUUGUACAAGGAAAAUUGAAGAUAAGUUACGAUACAUUAACAUAUAAGGAGAAACAUAUAUUUCUAGACAUUGCAUGUUUUUUCAUUGGAACUGACAAAAUAAUUGCUACUUACUUGUGGGAGGAUCUCAAAUUUUUCCCAAUAACCGGAUUGCGAGUACUGAUUAACCGUUCAUUAAUAAAAAUUGAUGAAGAGAAUCGAUUGAGAAUGCAUGAUCAAUUAAGAGAUCUAGGUAGAGCUAUCGCCCGUCCAGAAGAUGUGAAGCCUUGGCAUUGGAGCAGACCAUGGGACGUGGAAACCAUGACAAUACUAGGACACAAGGAGGAAAAUGAAAAUAUUGAGGCACUAUGUUUGGAUGAAGGGGGCUCUAGAGAGUUCAUGAAGCGAGAGAGCUUCAAAAAAAUGCCUAGCUUGAAGUUCCUUUACCUGAAGGAUGUGGAAUUUGAUGGAGAUUUCGAAGGAUCACUUGCUGAAUUAAGAUGGCUAAAGUGGGAGAGAUGUCCUGUCUCUUUCAAGGCAACCAACGUUCAUUUGGAGAAAUUAGUCAUACUUGAUUUAUCAGGUGAUUACAGUAGUAGAAACCAUAUUAGUGAAAAUUGGAGAGGAUGGAGUUCAAUUAAGAUGGAGAGGUUGAAAGUUCUCAAUCUUUCAGGUUGCUUAAAUUUAAUAAGCACCCCUAGUCUCUCCACAUUAAAAAAUUUAGAGAUGCUAAUCCUGGAAGAUUGUCUUAAUAUAAAGAAAAUUGACCCUUCCAUCGGAGAUGUCAAGUGCCUCAUUUCCUUGAACUUGGACAAUUGUCAAAGUCUCGAGAAGUUACCCGAACAACUAGGUGAACUAGAAGAUUUGGAGGAACUUUUGUUAGACAACACUCCGAUGAAAGAAAUCCCUCCAUUUAUAGGAUCAUUGAAAAAGCUGAAGAGGCUUCGUGCACGUCACCUAAUAAUUUUUUCAUUAGGACAGAUCCCUUCUUCAAUUGGUCAGUUGGGAGAGUUGGUAGAACUAAACUUAUUAGGUACAAAUAUUGAGGAAUUACCCGAAUCCAUUGGGGAAUUGAACAAAUUGAAAAUUCUGAGGAUUUCUCAUAGCCACAUAAAAUGGUUACCGAGCUCUAUUGGAAAAUUGCGAAGCCUUGAAGAGCUCAAUGCCGAUAGAUGCCUUCACCUGGAAGGACAAAUUCAUGUUGAUAAAGGUGGAUUGUCUUCUCUAAAGACCCUUUGUUUACGUCAUACAAAAAUUUCUAGCUUGCCGGAAAACUUAGAUCAGCUUUCUUCUCUCGAGUGCCUCGAUUUAUAUGACUGUUGCGAGCUUCAGUCACUCCCAAAACCUCCUUUUAGCUUAUCAUUCCUAGGGCUCACCUGUCGGAGUAAUGAGCUGCCACCGCUCUCUCACCUGAAGCAUCUAAAGGAGCUCAACCUUGGGCGUUGCAAGUCUCUUCAAAGCAUCCCAGAGCUUCCCUCCUCCAUACGGACACUUGAUGUUUGGGGAUGUCCCAAAUUGGAAUGGUUGCCAAAUCUUUCCAAUUUGGAAUUUUUGUCGGAAUUAUUGCUCGAGGAUUGCAAUGAGAUGAAGAAAUUGGAUGGACUGGAAGCUUUAAAAUCCCUAGAAGGGUUGCAUAUCUCUGGGCACAAGCACAUUCAAGUACUGGACCUUUCAAAGUCGGAGCAUCUAAAGAAGUUGAUUGUUUGGGAGUGCAAAAGCUUAGUUGAAAUUUGCUGCCCUAGUAAAUUCCUGGAGUUCUUUAAUGCGGAUGGCUGCGAGUCACUCAAGAUAUUACCAGAAUUUUUACCACACGACGGGCCAUGAUUUAUGAGGGAAGAAACAACAAGAAGCUAACUGAGGUUUGUGGGCUAUGGUCGGAUCUUCAUGAGGAAGCCAACGAGGUUGUGGAGGACGUGGUGCGAUUUUGGGCAUUGGGGUAAGAAGAGGAAGAGGGUGGAAAUCGAGUAGAGAGAGAAGGGGAAGAGAUUGAGGGGUCCAACAUCAUCUGGUGGACCGUUUCUAUCUUCUUCCGAUGGAUGACAAUGGGACGACUGAUUCCAAAGUGAGAUUCAUGCUCACAUGCUCCGCUAGCUGAGAAAUGGAAUUCGACUUCUAACCUCACCCAGUCACUGAUUGCUUGAAAUGGAGCAAUGGAGGAGUUCGAUGAUGGGGGUGAUCAUGGAAAAGAAAGGAUGUUGGAGGCAAGGAAUCUGGUGAAGGAUCUUCAUGCAGGGUCUUCAUUGCUUCCGGUUGCCGUAUCUUCAAAGAGUCCAGGUGAUUGGACCCCUUUUAACAUUAAUCCAUUAUUGUUGCUGAUUGAUCGGUUUAUUCAUUGGUUGAUUCUUGGCAUGAUUGGUGCAUGCGCAUUUUGGUGAUUCGAGGUUUUGAGUCGCUAUUGUUGGUCUAAUUUUGGAUGUUCGAUGUCUGAACACAAUGGAAAUGGAAUGAAACUAAUUCGAGCUUUUCAGCAUGUAAAACAAAGCAUGUUAGUUGUCCUGUUGGAUUUAUCAGCUUGUGAUUCCUGUUAGGUGUAGAGAUCUGCCUUCUACCAAUUUGCUAUGGUGUAACGAGAUAACUCUAGCAGCUUUUGAUUAGGUUUCGUGUCAAUGGUGGUGAAUUUUCCUUGUAUUAUCUGAGCAAUCACAGAGCAUGUAUAGCAGGAUUAACCGGACUUAUGAGCCUAUUACUGGUUUAGGUUGAUCUUAUCACUUUGUCUAGGUAGAGUGGAAAUUGAGUGCAAAUUUGUCGAAACUAAUGUGACCUAACUUCAAGUUGAAUAGGAAGAUUACCUUGAUUGAUGAGGUUCUACUUUCAUAGCCAUUUCUUUCCUUUUCUCGAAUCUUGAUGCACCUUGAGGGGCGAUGAGAAGUGGAAAGAUGAACAAUCUCCUGUGAACCUUUUUUUGCACCUAUGAUCCAAAGAAGCAUUGUCUCCAUGAGUAUGUGGAAAUUCCUAAUGUCCUCACUCAACCCAUUUAGCUAAUAACGUAGUGAAAUGGUGUUGAAGGCUACUAAUUUCACACGGAAAUGGAUGCUAGUGUCCAAAUUGUUGUGAUGAUGAUAUGGCUUGUUCAUUUGUCCUUACUUUUUCUUUGCUAGCUUUCUAGUUGAAUGGAAUUGCUCCUUAUCUCCUUCUGACUCUGGGAAAAUGCAAAAACUUGAGCUGCGAUAAUAGAAGUAUGUUGGUUUCAGGCUCUAACAUUGUGGCGUGUUUGGAAGAACUCUUGCUUUUAACUUUCAUCUAUACUAUUGUUUUUAGCAUUUGCAAUAUAUCUUUUGCUCAAUACUCAAUGCUUCAAACCUUCAGAAAACAUAAAACUUUGCAUUUUAUGGCCAAUUAUAGCACUUGUCUUGCUGACAAGGUCAGGAAGUACCUUUUGAUUUCUAAUGUUGAAACGGAAACACCAUUAAAUUUGUUUCUAUUUCCAUGGUUGGUUUACAAGUUGUCAUCCUUCAUAUGGAUUCUCUAUAAUCUAAUGGUCGUGUUUUUUUAAGGUUACAAACUCUAUGCAUGUCGAUUGUUGCCUGCACCGAUGCGAAAUUUAGAGUACAUAGUUGACUGAAUCUGAGAGUAAGUAGCUUUUCUUUUAAGUUGCCUGAAGAUUUCAGUUCACAAGAAGGUGUCGAAGAAUGGCAUUAAGUCGUGCUUGAGAAAUAUCUGGUCAUUGGUUGGUUCAACCAUGAAUUUGAGGAUUGCAUCUCCAGCGGGGAUGGGUUAUGUUUGAUGUAGGGGUGGAGACUGCUUUGGCCAACUUAUUGUCUGUUCCUCAACUUUUCAACAUUUUUAUUUUCUCAUAUUGGGCAAGAAGGUCGGUCCAUGAUUGAGCUGUGCCCUCGAUCGCUGGUGCUACAUUGUUCUGUCAUGGAGUCUCUCCCCGAUUCGCCCACAAAAGCUCCAUCUAUGCUGUUUGGGAAGCUUGAUUGUGGAAUGGUCAUGGAAGUAGGCAAAGAAGGUACCAUAGAAGUGUUCUGCAUUUUCUCAAAGCCAAGGCACUAAUGUCAAGAUGAUGAAUCUCCACGGAUCUUUAUCAAACACAGCUCAUCGCUUAAUAUGCCAAUGUAAAGAUUGCUCUUUCUGAAGGCAGAUACAUGGCCUUGAUUAGGCUGAAGGUAUUAUCAUCAACGAUCGAAACCCAGUACAAAUCAUGAAGCCACUCUUUCCUUGUUUUUCUUCAUGCCUUUAAUUAUCAUCUUGCAAUUUCGUACCUUAACAUCAUUUGCAAUUUAUUACUUCAAUUCUGUCAUUGAUUGGUGAUGACAAUGUUUACACCCUAGAGGCUUUAAAAAGAACAGAGGAUUUCCAUAGUAUUGUGGAUAAAUGUGAGAGCCAAACCAGAAGUAUGGAGGAAGUCCUUAAAUCAA